GUAAACCAUGAGCACGGGUCGAAUUUACCCAGUACUGCGAGAUAUGAAGUACAAGAGCCGACACUCUUACUCGCCCUGCCGACUACAGCAGCAAUUCCUUGAUCUCCUUGCACGACAUGGCGUAGUGAACUCCGAACCAUGGCACCAACUACAACAUUGCACGUGGCGGUACUGUGUAGCCCUAAGAUCGGCCAUACUGCCUUGACGAAACCUGUGCGACUCGGAGACUCGGCAGUCCGAGCGCGACUUUCGCAAAGCAUGCGGUUCUUACAAAAGUCCUCCUACCGCACACAGCCUGACAACGCAUUUGGACCGUGCGCUUGGGCUUUCAGGAGGCCGAUCCAUUGCUUUAGCUGUCGGGCGUGUAUAUUGCAAGAGAAAAUUGGGGGAAUCAACAGCUGACUGUAUGCUCACGAGAGUACUACAUGUGUCUCAUGACUAGACUGGAAGCCUCGAAAACAAACAGCGAGGCUUACGUCAAUGGCCAGCAGUCAGGGGCCAGCAGUCAGCAUUCAUACCCAGUCCCUGUU